AUGAAUUGCACGCAAACCGAAGCAGCGCGCAAAUUUGUCUUGAAGAUUCGUCGCCACGAAAACAACGCGUCCUCCUCUGUCUUUCAAGCGAUUCUUCCACAAUUGCGAAAUACCAAUCCCAUUCGUCGUCGUGGCAUUGCCGGCACGAUUCGUAACUGCUGUUUGGAAACCGAUUCGGCAUGGUGGUUCUUGAACGAAGUCAAGAUUAUGACGCCCGUGUUGUAUCCACUAGCCGGCCCGGAAGAAUUGGAUUUGGACGAAAAGAAGGGAUUGGAUCCCGACCUGUGGUUGGAAGGACCGGACAAGGUACGAGAACCCGAUGCCACGACACGAUUGUUUCUGGUCGAAACGUUGCUGUUGUUGUGCGCGUCGGGGCGAAAAUCACGGGAAACCAUCCGAUUGGCACGAACCUAUGUCAUUUUGAAAUGGGCCGAUAUGGUGGAAGAAGAGGAAAACGUUUCGGAACGUAUCAAUGAAUGCGUCCAAUUCUUGAGACGAGACGAACAAGGGACGCCCGACGGGAGUAGUGACAUGAUGGUGUCAGAAUCACUCCAGCGGCCCAAUACGACAUCGGUGCAAAUUACGAGGUUGGAUGGUGACGAUGGCGAUUAUGAUGCGGUCGAUUAA